AUGGGCGGAAGUAAUGCUGGUUACCUGGUUACCAAGGGUGGAAGUAAUGCUGGUAACCUGGUUACCAAGGGUGGAAGUAAUGCUGGUUACCUAGUUACCAAGGGUGGAAGUAAUGCUGGUUACCUAGUUACCAAGGGUGGAAGUAAUGCUGGUUACCUAGUUACCAAGGGUGGAAGUAAUGCUGGUUACCUAGUUACCAAGGGUGGAAGUAAUGCUGGUUACCUAGUUACCAAGGGUGGAAGUAAUGCUGGUUACCUAGUUACCAAGGGUGGAAGUAAUGCUGGUUACCUAGUUACCAAGGGUGGAAGUAAUGCUGGUUACCUAGUUACCAAGGGUGGAAGUAAUGCUGGUUACCUAGUUACCAAGGGUGGAAGUAAUGCUGGUUACCUAGUUACCAAGGGUGGAAGUAAUGCUGGUUACCUAGUUACCAAGGGUGGAAGUAAUGCUGGUUACCUGGUUACCAAGGGUGGAAGUAAUGCUGGUUACCUGGUUACCAAGGGUGGAAGUAAUGCUGGUUACCUAGUUACCAAGGGUGGAAGUAAUGCUGGUUACCUGGUUACCAAGGGUGGAAGUAAUGCUGGUUACCUGGUUACCAAGGGUGGAAGUAAUGCUGGUUACCUGGUUACCAAGGGUGGAAGUAAUGCUGGUUACCUGGUUACCAAGGGUGGAAGUAAUGCUGGUUACCUGGUUACCAAGGGUGGAAGUAAUGCUGGUUACCUGGUUACCAAGGGUGGAAGUAAUGCUGGUUACCUGGUUACCAAGGGUGGUAGUAAUGCUGGUUACCUGGUUACCAAGGGUGGAAGUAAUGCUGGUUACCUGGUUACCAAGGGUGGAAGUAAUGCUGGUUACCUGGUUACCAAGGGUGGAAGUAAUGCUGGUUACCUGGUUACCAAGGGUGGAAGUAAUGCUGGUUACCUGGUUACCAAGGGUGGAAGUAAUACUGGUUACCUGGUUACCAAGGGUGGAAGUAAUGCUGGUUACCUGGUUACCAAGGGUGGAAGUAAUACUGGUUACCUGGUUACCAAGGGUGGAAGUAAUACUGGUUACCUGGUUACCAAGGGUGGAAGUAAUGCUGGUUACCUGGUUACCAAGGGUGGAAGUAAUGCUGGUUACCUGGUUACCAAGGGUGGAAGUAAUGCUGGUUACCUGGUUACCAAGGGUGGAAGUAAUGCUGGUUACCUGGUUACCAAGGGUGGAAGUAAUGCUGGUUACCUGGUUACCAAGGGUGGAAGUAAUGCUGGUUACCUGGUUACCAAGGGUGGAAGUAAUGCUGGUUACCUGGUUACCAAGGGUGGAAGUAAUGCUGGUUACCUAGUUACCAAGGGUGGAAGUAAUAUUCUGCAGAGAUAG